AUGGCUGCGGACAGCGCCGCCACGCCUGGGCGAGCACCCAGUGCGCCGACACGGAAGAAGCGCAAGCGAGACGAAGGCAACGAGGAGGGCGAAGAAGAGGCGUUGGUUGCGCCGGCAGAGGUUCGGGAGCUGCUCGCUGCCAGGACUUCCCUGCAGCCCGGGUCUGAGGCCCACACACUGGCCCAGUUCUGCGCAGCCACAGGCCUGUGCCGAAUGUUGGUGCGUGCUCUCGGCUUCUCCGGACCUGAUGGCUCUGUCAUGGAGGAGCUGGAGCGGAAGAUCAAGUCCGGCGAGCUGCAGCAGCGCAUGCCGUCGUCCGGCGGACUUGUGCGGGACAUCGCGAAGCUGGUGCCCGCCGUGCAGCAAGCACUCUCCCUGCGCCCGGCGUGCCGGCUGCACCCUGGCCUCGGCGACGAGUCAGCUUCGGUGGGCCUGGGCGUGCGCGACGUUCAUCUCCCCGACACUUUCCUCGAUGGCUUCGAUAGCAAGCAGCUCCACGCCUACAGGCGGUUCAAUGACGCCCUCGACUUUUUGGGUGCGGUAAAGCGCCGUUAUGCCGACCGGCCCGAGGUGUACCAGAGCUUCCUAGAAAUUAUGAAAGACUUCAAAGCCCAGCGGCUCGACACCCCAGGGGUGCUUGCGGCGGUGCGGGAGCUGUUCAGCGGCAAUGAAGAACUCAUCGAGGGCUUCAACAAACGGUUCAUCACUGCUCCUGGGGUCUACAAAGCGUUCCUGGAGACCUUGCACGAGUUUCAUAAGCAAAACCAGAGCAUACGUGAGGUCCACGCUCAUGUGGCGCACCUGUUCAAGGACCACCCGGACCUCCUCGCCGGCUUCGUCGAGUUCCUUCCCGAGACCGACAAGCCAUCAGCCGCCUCAACGCCGACGCCGGUGGCAAUGCCGACGCCCGACGCGCUUCAUCAGCCAUUCGCCACUCUGAGCGUGUUGUCUCCUUCUCCUUCAGCGUUGUCGGGCGCCGACGGCCUCAGCGUGACAGUGGCGCUGAGCGGAGCUGGGCUUGAAGAGGGCGACGACGGGUUCGACGCGGGUGUCGCCAUCGACUUUGUGCUCGACCUCGCGCCCGACCAGUUCAGCGUCGCCCUUACAAGCUCGGGCGGCGAUCGCUCCAUGCCGCUGGAGGUCUACCAGCUCACCGGGCCGAACAGCGGCGCAGAGAAAGAUGAAGAGCAGGCGAGGGGGAGGAGGUACGUCGUGCGUCUGCCCACGCCCAGCCAAGCUGAGUCCGUCCUGCAGCGCACCAGCGACGCGGCCUCCACGUGGGUGGAGGUUCGCGACAGGCACUACGCGCUCCUGUUCCGCCGCGCCGUCUCCUUCACCCGAAGCCCUCGGGGUCAAUGA